CACACCGUCAGCGUCAUGUGCAUUGAGCCAUCUUUUGUUCUAGCUCGAUCGAUGUUCCCAGUCAUCCAUACCCGUCCAUCCGUCCAUCUGUCAAUUGCAUUAAAAGCAAAUAUCGCUCAUAAGAAAUGGGCUAUAAUAAAGUAUCGCCCGUCCAACAACAAAAGUGCGCACGAUAAAGUUAACCAGCAUAGUCCAGUAGCGAUGGCGAGUAUUUCUGUCUUAUCGUCUUUGGAAAUGCUUGACAAUAAAUUAGAUUUUGUGCAAAUUCUCUCGUCCGAUCGAUCCACUUAAUAGUGUCCGCCAUGAUAUUGCAAAUAAUUGAAUGAAAUACUGAAGAAAUAUACCUCGGGCAACUCGCAACUUUGUGUGAUUUAUAUCAUAACAAAAGCUGUUCGGGGAAGAAAGAAAGGCUAUCACGAACUUUGGAUGCUCUACAAGA